UUGUCAAAAUCGACAGACUGUAUUCAGUCUUAAACACUUUAAAUUUGUCUGGAAAAUCUUCCAAGUACCAGCCUCAAAAUGAUGGAAAAGACGAGUAAAACGGACGAAAGAGAAUACUUCUGGGCUCUCAGGAAAACUCUCGUUGGUAUUGAAGAUGACAACGAUGACUGGAAGAAGAGGCGUGCCACCCCUCUGGCGACGCUGAAUUUGCAAACUCGCAGAGCCGCCCUCCAGCAGAGCUCAUCAGGUUUCGACGACAGUUACACCAGGAUAAUGGCGUCCUUGGUACCGGACGAGAUCAUUUACAACAUCAGCGAUUACUCCAAGAGAGAGUUCGAAGCCUGUUUGUUAUUCGGAGACGUUUCAGGUUUCACCGAUCUAUGCGAGAAGUACAACAAAUCAGGCAAAGGAGGACCUUCAAGACUUACUCAGGUCCUCAACUCCUACAUAGGGGCCAUGGUGCAGGAGAUUUUGUCUCACAGCGGGGACGUUUUGAAGUUCUCUGGAGAUGCGUUUAUCGCUCUUUGGAAGGAGACCGAUCACCUUUCCCUGAGGGACGCCGUGCACGAAGCCAUAGACUGCGCUCUCGUUAUACAAAAGACCUAUGGAACGUAUCAGACGGAUGUGGAUGUAGUCGUCAGAGUCAAGCUGGCUGUUGCUUCUGGUCAUCUGACCUUCUCCUUGGUUGGAGAUAAUGAAAAUUCCCACUACCUCAUGAUUGGCCAACCUAUCAUCGAUAUAAAGGCAGCCGAAUCUAAAAGUUCAGCCGGAGAAAUUGUCAUCUCAGCUAGGGUGACACAUCACAUCAGUGCCAAUGAGUAUCUCAUUGAUAUGGUAUCAGGUGGAACUCUUGCUAAGGUUUUGGGAGUUGGCCCAAAUUGGCGUAACAUUCAGAGGCACUACGAGAAUAAAGAUGAUAUAGAAACAUACAGUAUUUUGACGGCUAGUGCCAGUUUGAUAGAAGAUUUCGAUGGUGGAGGAUUCGAAAGCUCUUAUGAGAAACUUAGCACCGCUGAUGACGAUUCUAAAAUAACAUCUGCUCGGGUUACAACCGAUCAAUAUGCAUUAAGACCAGCGGUGAAUUAUGCUGCAAGGGUGAGAAUGUGUAAAGAGCUCAGGAAGUUCAUCAUAGCACCCGUGGUGAGGGGCAUCGACGCGGAUGAACCUUUGGAGUAUCUAACGGAAAUAAGACAAGUCUGCAUACUCUUCAUCAACUGCAAAGUAUCCAAUACCGUGAGUGCUGUCAAAGGAAUUGAUGUGGCCAACAAAGUGUACAUCACAGUGUGCAGGUUUGAGUCUUUCGUGAAGCCACCAAGUCAGUUGAAUAAAUUGAUAGAGAAGGCACAUUUUUAAAAACA